AUGGCUUCGUUGGUUUCAACUGGGCUAUGGGAGCUCUCCCUGCUGCUGCUGACGACGAUGCAGCAGGACAACGUGGUCCCGGAUCUGAUCAGCUUCAACACCUCAAUCAGCGCCUGCGCGGGCAGUGGCAAUUGGCAGGCUGCCCUCUCUUUGCUGCAGUGGCUUCAGGCUUCCCUCCUGAGGCAAGACCACUUCACUUACAGCUCCGUGCUGCGUGCGUGCGAAUCUCAUGGUCAUUGGCAAGUCUCGAUCAGCUUGCUCGCUGGUAUGUUGGAGGACUUGGCAGACCCACAGCCCAUGUGCUACCGAAGCGUGAUCAGUGCCUGUGAGCAAAGCAGCAACUGGGAGAUGGCCCUCUGCCUGCUGGAACUUCAUGAGGGGGACGUGAUGGGCUACAGCGCAGCUAUCAGCGCCACUGCGAAGGCUGCCAAGUGGCGAGCAGCCCUUUUUCUGCUGGGCGUUGGCAUGCAGGCUGCGAAGGUGGAGCCAAACUCGGUCACAUACAAUUCGGCAAUCAGCGCUUGCGAGAGAUGCUCUCAAUGGCAGCUCGCCCUGCACCUCUUGGCUUUCCUGCCGGCUGUCAGCCUCCAGCCAACAGUCGUCUCAUUCAGCUCGAUGACCAGUGCUUUAGAAAAGUCAGGAGAAUGGCCAUUGGCACUUCAGCUCCUGAGCGAGAUGCCCGAGAAGGAGGUGCAGCCGAACGUGAUAACCUACAGCAGCGUCAUCGCCGCAUGCGCGGGCGGAAGCCAGUGGGAACUUGCACUCUGUGUUUUCAGCACCAUACUUGAGCAGAGUUUGGAUGCGGAUGAGAUCAGCUGCAACUCGGCAAUCACUGCUUGUGAGAAGGCCGGGCAGUGGAUUCGGGCCCUGAAUCUGCUUCAAGGUAUGUCUGCUAUGCAGCUGGAACCCAGCGUCGUGAGCUGGAGCUCCACAAUCAGUGCCUGCGAAAAUGCUGAACAGUGGCAAGCGGCUGUAGCUUUGCUGCACUCCAUGAGUUGCUCUCGCACAGAGCCGAAUGCUCUGACCCUGAACUCUGUCAUCAGCGCCUGCGAAAAGAGCUCCCUGUGGCAGAAGUCCUUGAAGCUGCUCUUCGGGAUGCAGGAGAUGGGCCUUGAAGCCAAUGGAGUUACCUUCAAUGCUGCGAUCCUGGCUUGCUCCCGGUCACGCCAGUGGCAGCAGGCCCUCCGUCUCUUUUCUGACAUGCAGUCGUCGGGAGUCGAUCCGGAGCCCUUGACAUUCAGCGCCAUGGCUUGA